UUCGAAAUUCUGUAAUUUGAUAUCAACUUCAUUUCCCUCGAACACUUUCCUUGUGGCAGUUCUGCAAAUUGUCAAUUAUCAUAUUAAAUUUGAUUACUUCAUCAAAAAUGGCAUUUGGAGACGUUAAAACCGCCAAAGGUUUGCAAGAACUUAACAAUUUUUUGGCUGAGAAUUCAUACAUCAGCGGAUACACGCCAUCCAAAGCUGAUUUAUCAGUUUUUGAAGCUUUGGGAAAAUCUCCUUCCGACUUUGCUAAUAUAGCACGUUGGUAUCGACACAUUGCAUCAUUUUCAACUCAAGAACGUUCGAAAUGGACAGGAAGUGCAUUGCCUCAAGUUAGCGGUGGAACAACAACUGUUAGUGCUUCAAAAGCUGACGAUGAUGACGUCGAUUUGUUUGGAUCAGAUGAGGAAGAUGAUGCUGAAGCAGAGAGAAUCAAAGCCGAACGAGUUAAGGCUUAUUCAGAAAAAAAAUCGAAAAAGCCAGCCCUUAUUGCCAAAUCCUCAAUUUUAUUAGAUUGCAAGCCGUGGGACGAUGAAACCGACAUGAAGGAAAUGGAACGACUUGUGAGAACGAUUGAAAUGGACGGGCUUUUAUGGGGUGUCUCAAAACUUGUUCCACUUGCUUAUGGUAUCAAUAAGCUUCAAAUUUGCUGCGUCAUUGAAGAUGACAAGGUCUCUGUCGACGAAUUACAGGAGAAGAUCACUGAAUUUGAAGAUUAUGUUCAAUCUGUGGAUAUUGCUGCCUUUAACAAGAUUUAAAUCGAUUGUACUCGAAACUGAAGCGAAUUUUAAACACUUCAUAAGCUCCUCAUAAGGAAUAAUAAAGACGCUUAAAUGCGAACAUCUAUGUACUUUUCAAACUA